AUGGAUCAGAAUUUUUCACCAGAACAUUUUGAGACGAUCUUUAGAUCACUUCCAACUGACAAAGAUUUACACUCUUGCCUUUUGGUUAAUAAAUAUUGGGCUGCUUGUGCCGUUCCGAUUUUAUGGGAGGCACCCUUCGGAAUUAGUGACAGUUUUACUCCGUCUCCUAAAGUAAUUCAAACCUAUCUUGCAUUUAUACCGGAUAGGACUACUACAAAUUCGAAUGAAAAGUUAUCGAUUAACAAAGCACCUUUGUUUGACUAUCCAUCAUUCCUUAAAGAGUUCUCAUAUGAUCGAUUUAUUACUGCAGCCGUAACGAACAAUUGUAGUAAAUAUACUAUAAUUGAAUUAUUAAAAAUAUUAUCAAUCCGAGAUACGAAAUUACGUAGAUUUAAAAUAUAUGACCAUCUAUUUAGUCAAUAUUUUAACCGUAAUAAUAGAGUAGCAUCUUUGGUCCUUCCUCAUUUUUCUGAGUGCACAUCUAUAUUUAGUAGUCUGACUUAUUUUAAUUGUAGUUAUCAAUGGCCAGUGCAAAAAGCUCAACUUUUUAAUUCAAUAGCAAACAAUUGCCGUUAUAUUAAAAAAAUUAAGGUCAGCGUUUGGCAUGAGGAUGAAGGAAUAGCAUUAGCAAAUCUUAUUCGUUCUCAAAAGCAUUUAAAAAAGUUCUCUCUGAUAAACAGCAAUAUUUUUGCGUCAUUUCCCAUACAAGCUCUUGUGGAUCAGAAAUGGCUUAACAGUGUGACAUUUGAAGACAUGCAUGAAAAUCGUAACUUAUGUGAUAAGGAAUUUUUUAAUUAUACAAUUUGUGAAUUAAAUAAUGAUGCUAUCAAUGCACUUGCUCAGUGUACGAAUAUCAACAAAGUGAAAUUUAAACAUUGUGAAGGACUAAACUCUCCUUUAUUUCUUCCUAUUAGUUAUACUUUUACAAACUUGAUAUCUUUAGAAUAUUCAUAUGGAACUUAUAAAAUUAAUGACCGUACAACUCCUAUAAAGUUAUUAUCUAGCCUUAUUGAGGAGAGCUGCGAUACACUUAAAAAAAUCAUACUUGACUGGCACUCUGAUGACCAUAUUGAUAUCACUCAGCUCAUCGAAACUAUUGCACGUCGUGCUAUAAAUCUUGAAUAUUUGAAAAUCCCACUUUAUACGUUAGAAGAUCUUGCUCUGAUUCACCAAGCUAAUAAUCAAUUAAAGAAACUUGAACUUUAUAUUUUGAAUAGAAGAAUAAAUCUAUAUUGUAUUCUUUUUCUUUUUGCUAAUGUUCCACUUAAAAUCACCGGAUUGUUAAUUUUAUUUUAUGCUUACAUAAACAACUAA